AUGUUAAUAAAAGUGUCGCAUUGUCAAAUAAAAACUUACAGUUCGCUUCAAACCGAUUCAGACGUUCAUUUCUACAGCCAUGUGAAACGACUUCUUGAAUUUUGUUUUUCUGACCGUCUCAAUCCUGUUGUGAUUACUGAAGAUUUGUAUGAUAAAAUUCACAAGAUUCCAUGGGAAAUCGUAGAGCCACCUACAAUUAUUCUCAAUAAAAAUUUUAUAUCCAAAGAAAUCCAAGUUUUCAAUCCAAGAUACCCGACAUAUGUAUUGUCGGUUUCUGGGUCGAUUCAUAAAUUGAAAACGCUGUUCGAUAAAUUAAAAUCAACAACAACGUGGAGUGUUGAAUCUUUUUUUUUUAUCGUUGAAGUAGACAAUUUUUGCGAAAACGCUAAUGAAGUUCUUAAAUUCUUAUGA